GAAGUUUUCAAUCUGUAUUGGAGACACCACUAGCAAGUUUAUGUCCGUUAUAAAUGUCAUACGAUAGAGACGGGGUGCCAAAUCAACAAUUUCUUUGGGAUGUGUUUCAAAGAGUUGACAAAGACAGGAGUGGCCAUAUCUCUGCCGAUGAGCUACAAGUGGCUCUUUCUAAUGGUACUUGGUCUGCUUUUAAUCCAGAAACUAUCAGGUUGAUGAUUGGAAUGUUUGAUCGAGAAAACGCCGGAACUGUGUCCUUUCAAGAUUUUGGAGCGUUGUGGAAAUACGUGACAGAUUGGCAAAAUUGUUUUCGAUCUUUCGACCGUGACAAUUCUGGAAACAUAGACAAAAAUGAGCUGAAAACAGCUUUGACUUCAUUUGGUUAUCGCCUAACCGACAACCUUAUAGAUGUUUUACUCCGAAAAUUUGAUCGUUUUGGUCGUGGAACAAUUCUUUUUGACGAUUUUAUUCAAUGCUGCAUUGUACUAUAUACUUUAACUACAGCAUUCCGGCAGCACGACACUGACAUGGAUGGGAUCAUCACAAUACAUUAUGAACAGUUUUUAAGCAUGGUUUUUGCUUUAAAAAUAUAAAUAAAAUAUGUUAUAAUAAAAAUAA